ACAACAACCCAAUCGUUGGCAUCUGUGCCUUCGGGCGUCGUGUUUUGUUUCGCAAUGUCUUAGCCCAUAAAGAAAAUAUAUCGUUAGCAAUCGGUCUUUAACAUUUUCGUUGCUACCUUAUGGCAUUCUAGACCCGUGGAUAUCGUAUUUAAGAUCCUAUUUAUUUAUUUUUUAAUAGAAUGAAACCCGUCCGUGUUUCAAUGGACGACGGUCUGCCAGACGUUGCUUCAUCCAUCUCGGCCAAAGUAAAGGAGUAUUGGCCCAAAGAAGACCGCUACAAAUUCAUUUUUUGUUUGUUCUUAGCCGUUUCUUUGAUAGACAUAACGAGAAUAGCUUUGUCGUUGUGUGUCGUCGAGGUUGCAAAGGAUUUAGAGUGGAAUAAACUCGAAACGGGUCUUGUGCUGUCUGCAUUUUUCUGGGGUUAUUUUGCUACCCAGUUGCCAGCUGGUUUUCUCAGUGAUACUUAUGGUGGAGAUGUUGUCUUGAUGUGGUCUUUACUUGGAAGUGCUCUUAGUACAUUGGCAAUUCCAGUCAUUACUUCCCAAAUGCUUACACUGUACUUUGCACCUUCUAUUCUUGUGGUCCUUUUUGUAAGAGUAUUUCUUGGAUUCUCACAAGUUCAUUGUUUAUAGGAAGUGUUGGCUCACUAAUGUUGAUACAUUUUGGCUGGAGAUGGGUAUUUUUGUCCUUUGGUUUCCUUGGAUUACUUUGGGUUGUUAUUUGGAAAGAAUUCUUCCUUUUUAGAAGAAGAACAAUCGAAGAAGACAUGUAUAGAAUGUCCAAAAAAUUUGAAAGUAAGACAAACAGAUCUCGUAGUUAUACCCCAAGAAAUGCAAUCAUCCCUUGGGGCAAGCUGGUACGACAGCCAGCUAUAUGGGCUAUUAUAAUUGUUCACUUUUCCCAGAAUUGUAUGUAUUUAAAUUUAUCUUCCUGGUUACCCACAUAUUUUCAUGAAAAUUUUCCUGAUGCCAAGGGUUGGAUUUUUAAUGUUUUACCAUAUGUUUUUAAUUUUUCCGGAAAAAUUAUUGGAGGUAAAUGUGCAGACAAAAUGCUAAAUAUGGGUUAUUCUCUUACAUUUGUGAGAAAGUUUUUUGAGACAUUAGCUACUGCUGGUGCUGGACUAAUCAUGCUGUUGUGCUCAUAUGCAACAGAGUUCUGGCAAGCACUGGCUUGCGUCUCUUUGGCAUUUGGCUUGUCAUCACUGACAACCAGUGGAGCAAUAUGUAACAUACAAGAUUUAUCACCCAAUUUUUCUGGCUCUAUUAGUGGAAUGGUAUUCACAAUAACAUCAAUCCCAGGAAUCAUCGGUGUUUAUUUUACAGGCUAUAUUCUACAUGCAACAGAAAGCUGGCAUGUCGUAUUCCAGCUAACAGCAGUUAUAUGUAUUGUUGGGAACACUGUAUAUAUUAUAUUUGGAUCAAGCAAAAGAAUAGCUUAAGUUAGUAUAUACACAGUAGCUAAGCUGCCAUGAACAAAUGAAUGAACUGUGGUCAAGAUUAUUUUACAACACAUUCAUGACCUUCAAAAUCUUCAAACAUUCAAAUUUUAUCAAUACCCUGAAACAGCCUCUGUGCUGAUAAAAGUCAGGGAAACGCUAACUCACAGAUUGAUACCCUGGAUGACCUCUGGGCUCAUCUAAGUCAGGGCACAUCUAACUCACAGAUUGAAUAUAUUAAAUAUUAACUUAUUUCCAGAAUGAGAAAAAUUAAGGACUAUAGCCAGCUUUUGUCAGUUGGUCAAUAUUCCCUAAUUCUAGUCAAUAUUGAAGAUCAUAAAAUUAGUUGAAUAGCCUGGUAAGAGUGAUUUUCCUCAGACUGUGAAAUAGCUUCUAGUAGUUAGUGUAUAAUAGUCAAAUUUAUUCUAUUAGAGUGCAAACAAUAUAACCGUGAAACUUUAGCAAUAAUAAAUAGCACAAUUUCAUGCAAAUGCCAUUGUUUUUUUGUUUAAUUAGCACUAUCUUGUACUACUUAGUAAUUAGUGUUUCACGGAUUAAUUGUUUGCACUCUAGUCUAAGUACUAACUAAUUUUCGUGUCCUAAGUAAAACCACUCCCACAUAUUACAGUGCAGAUUAGACACACUAACUCAGGCAGGGCAGGACCACUUUUGCUGGCUGAUUCAAUACUGAGUCUACCAUCUCGUGUUUGGCUAAUGACAGUUUUCACUCUAUGAUAUGAUUGGUUAACUCAAACACAUGGUGCAGCAUUUCAGGGCAAAUAGUAUCCAAGUGAUAUAACACCUAAGUGCAAGUUUUCUGGAUUCAGUGUAAUUUUAUGGCUCCAAUUAGCCGUUCCUAAGUUGAGGAAAAGACUGGGUCGAGGUGGUAUUGCAUUGUGGGACUGUUUUAGGGGACAUAUUACCAAGAUGGCGUCUAUUUCAUCCCCUAAAACAGCCCCAAAAUGCACUGUGAAUACAACUUGACCCAAUCUUUUACUCAACCUUGGAAUGACUAACGCCACACGGUCAUUGCUCUUUGUGCUCAGAAUAAGGCCUAAUAAGCCAUGGUACCUCCAUACUUUCUAUAAAAUUAAUAAAAGAUAACAAAAAAAUAA